AUGGCGUCCCCCGACCCGCCGCUCGCGACGCGUCCCAUCGCGUGCCCGGAGCGUUCGGACACCGGGUUCGCGGACGCGAACCUCGACGUCGGGACCGCGAUCCUCCUCGCGGUCGCGAGCGCCAACGGGCAGGCGCGCGCGAGCGAUCGCGCGCGCCGUUUUCGUCGUCGCCCGUUUCGGGUCUCCGUCCCCCCGCGCCGACCGCGACCGUCGCCCCCCCCGCCCUGCGCGUCAUCCCAGGUCGAAGCCGCGCGCUGCCGCGCCGUGUGCAAGAACUGGGCCUCGCACGUCGACGCGUGGCUGAUGUCCGUCGGCCCGUCGCUCGACCUGUCCGCCGCCGGAGCCGGCGGCGGGGACCAGGACCAGGACCAGGACCCGGACCCGCGGCUCGUCGUCGCCAGCACGCUCGCCGCGACGCGCGAAGGCUGCCCGAAGCUGCGGCACCUCUCCGUGAAGGGCUGCCGCGGCGUGUCCGCCGACGCGAUGGCCGCGGUCGCCGCCGGGUGCGCGAACCUGACGCACGCGGAUCUCUCCGACUCGGACGUCGACGACGACGCGUUGCGAGCGUUCGUCGACGGCGGCGGCGCGGCGCGGCUGAAAGAGCUCGACGUCUCCGGCUGCGCGCGCGUCACCGCGGACGGGCUGCUCGCGCUGGCGCGCGCGUGCGGGUCGCUGAGCGUGUUCGUCGCGACGAGGUCGAACGGCGUGACCGGGGAGUGCCUUCGAGCGUUGAUCGAGACCGCGGGCGAGACGCUGAGGGACGCGCGGUUCGACGAGAGCGUCUUGAGCGCGGGGGACGCGGAGGCGGUCGCGAAACGCUCCGGUGUUGGCCGUUUUUUCGUAGAAACGCACGACUUCGGCGGGGAAGAGCUCGCGAUCGUUCAGGUGUGGAAGCCGGACGAGGAAGAUGGCGCGUGCAUCGUCGCUCGUCGCGUCGCCGUCGUCGCGCCCGUCCCCUCUUCUCCCUCCCCGCUUGCCGAGCUCACGGGCGAAACGCUCGAGAACGACGCGUCGUCGCUGUCGCUAUCGCUAUCGUCAUCGCUCGAUAUCGACAUCGAAGGCGAGGACGACAGAUCCGCGGCGACGCGCCGGCGCGCGGAGCCGCCGCCGCCGCCGCCGCCGCGGCGCGCGCGCGCGAGCUGCUCCGCCUUAGACGCGUUCCCGAGCUCGAGCGCGGCGAGGAUCUCGUCCACGCGCGCAGCUUUCAGCGCGUCGGGGGAGACCGGCGCGUCGUCGCCGUCGACGCUCGUCGUCGCCGUCGCGUCUUCGUCGUCGUCGUCGUCGUCGUCGUCGUCGUCGUCGUCGUCCGACGCCGCCGCCCUCGUCGUCGUCAGCGCGCGCGGAUCCCCGCGCUCGUCCUCGUCGUACCCGCCCCACUCAAGGACGCUUCUGGACAGCGCCGCCGCGAUCGGGUCGGACGGGCGAUACGGCGAGCUCACGUACAGACCCGCGGUGAGCCGCUCGUUCAUUCGCCGCGUCACCGCGUCGUCCGUCGUCGCGACCGAGAGAUCGUCGACGCGCGCGGUCAUCGCGCCGAACGCCGCGGGCGUCGCCGGGUCCGCGGAUAUCGGCGAUUCGCGCGUCGACGUCCCUCCUCCCCGCGGCUCGCCGCCGGCCGACCGCGCGGGCGUCCGCGCGACGACCGCGUCCGACGCGUCGGACGCGUCGCGAGACGACGACGACGCCGCGGCGUUCGACGCCGCCUCCGCCGUCGUCGCGCCGCCGGUCGCGUCGUACCUCGCCAAGUACGCGGACAGCGCGGCCGCGGCGGUCGUGUGGUGA